UACGUGCUGGGUUGGAUUGGACGUGAAGACCCCCUGGUUACCUUGCGCGUUUGUUCGCUACUUCCACUGUUGUUUCGAAUUCGUACUAUUUUACGGCAUGUACUGGUUAAUUAGGAGUGUACGUAGCAUGCAGCUUUCACGCAACAUGGAUUAAAUUUAAUCAAUCACGGGGCUUUUCGUUGACUAUUUUUGAAGCAAUGUGUUAGCCACUUCUAGCUUUGCGCUGCUAGUAACGUAAAGCUAGAUUGUACCUAAACAUUCACAGGUGGGCACUAACAACUUGACUUAUUUGACUGUGAUAUGGUUCACCGUUGUUGAAUAAUUGUGAAACCACUGGAUAACUUUCAACAAUUAAGUCCAGCCUGUAGGCUCUGUGACCUUCCAGACUGUUUACUCCCACUUCUUGAAUGGAUUAUCCCCACAAUUUACUGAUUAAUAGCUUGACAUGACGCUUUUUGAUGGAAGCGUGCAACUAGGACCGAACGAGAGCGUCAUUCGGCACAUCUUCAAGGACUUUUAGUUUGUUGUUGUUGCAUUUUCUUAAGUAUGCCUCGCCGUCCUGUGGCGAAGUUGAUGUGGCUUGCGAAUCACGUGGCGAGCCGAACACCCCUACGCGGAAGUUCAAUUCACACUUCAUCAUGCAACUCUUCAACCAAACCACAACAUGGCUUCAAACCGGCAAAAGUAGCGGUGGUCACCAAGACCACCCGAUAUGAGUUUGAACAGCAACGGUAUCGGUACGCGGGACUCUCCGAGGAAGAUCUAAAGCAUCUGCUCGCUAUGAAGGGAUCAAGCUACAGUGGGCUGCUAGAAAGACACAACAUCCACACGAACAACGUGGAGCACAUUGUGAAAAGUCUGCAGAAAGAAGGAAUCGAAGUUCAAGUUGUGAAAAGGGGCGAAUACGAUACAAAAGUAGUGCAAUGGGCGGACGCCAUCAUUUCUGCCGGAGGUGAUGGGACAAUGCUGCUUGUUGCCAGUAAGGUUUUGAGCAAGGACAAACCAGUUGUUGGAGUGAACACAGACCCUGAGAGGUCAGAGGGUCAUCUCUGUUUACCUGUGAAAUACACGCGCAAAUUCCCAGAGGCGCUAGGAAGACUCUUCCGUGGUGAGUUCAGGUGGCAGUGGCGUCAGAGAACUCGAUUGCAUCUUGAGGGCACCGGAAUAAAUCCCACUCCGCUCGACCUUCAUGAACAGCAGCUGAGUUUGGAGCAGCACAGCCAGGCCCACCGCAUUACCACCAUGGACAACCAGCAGAAGACCGGAACACUGAACGAAAGCUUCUCCAAGCCCAGUCUUCUCCCUGUCAGGAGCUUGAAUGAAAUUUUCAUUGGUGAAUCGCUGUCUUCCAGAGCGUCCUAUUAUGAGAUUUCAGUGGAUGACGGUCCGUGGGAAAAGCAGAAGAGUUCGGGGCUCAGCAUUUGCACAGGAACAGGGUCCAAAGCCUGGUCGUACAACAUUAACAAACUUGCUGAGCAAGCCGUACAUGACAUCCUCAAAAUAGGAAAGUGUCAAACAGGCCUUGCUAUUCCACUAAACCUUGAAUUUAUUGAAAAGGUCACAGAGAAGUACAACGAGUCCUUGGUGUUCAGCCCUGAGGACAGACGCUUGUUCUUCAGCAUCCGGGAGCCCAUCGUUAACCGCGUUUUCUCCAGUAGCCGGCAGAGAGGCUUCGCCAACAAGGUGUGUGUUCGCUCUCGGUGCUGGGACGCUUGCAUGGUGGUGGACGGCGGGACCUCGUUCGAGUUCAACGACGGCGCCAUUGCAACAAUCAGCAUGAGUGAGGAGGAUCAACUCCGGACGGUUGUUCUGGAUAACUGAGGAAAGUCUGGAACGCCUUCUCCUGUGCAGUUAAUAUAUUGACAGCAAUAUACAUCCAAUCUAUUUGAAGUGGAUUGGACGUCGACUUGUGACACUCAUUUGAAUUUACACCAGAGUUUAAAACUAAAGGGAAAUUCUGGAUUUUAAGUUUCAUUUUUCUUUAAUUUUCACCUUUUUUCCUUUUGAAUUUUAUUCAUUUCACAGUCACAGGUCAUGUAAGACUUUACUGAAUGAAUAGAAACCAUUCAACAGGGUAGGAUUUAUAUUAAUAUCAGUAUAAAGCUAAAUCCCCCCUGCUGUGUUGUGCAAUCUGGAUUUUCCAUUUCUCCUAUUCCCCAUUUUGUUUUAUAUUUGGAAGGGGGAAAGCACAUCAAUGUACGAAAAGAUGUUUUUUGGAACAUAUUUUUGUAGUUGUGCUAGUUUGAGAGUAAAAAGUGCACUAAAGAGUAUUUUGCCCUGUGUCAUAGGUCAAGUGUUUAGUAGAAAAAAACAUAUUGAGUUUUUCGGCCAGCAAAAGAUUAGAAAUGGCAUAAUUAGGUGAUUGUGGCUUUUUUUUUUUUUUAAUCCGGCCGGCAUUUAAUUUUUUGAAUUUGGAGAUCAGUAAUCUGAUAUUGAUGGUGCAUAUUAUGUCUGGGAAGGGUUGUACAGACAAUUGGUCAUUAUACUGUGAAAUGCAAAGUGCCAUGAGGACUAAUAAUGUUUUUAUGUCUCAAAAUGUCCUGUACUGAUUAAUACAGUUUGGAUCAUUUGGAAAGCUUGUACAAUAAAGGAAUGAUGGGUAGUUGGUGCAUUUCCU